AUGCGGUUUCCCACAUGGCACUCCAAUCGCACUGCCCUUGCGAUCUGUUGCAGGUGUCAGUGCAAAGUUAACGACACUCCAAGCGCAGGUUACAAACGCAGUGCAUUUGCCCACACCUGCCUGCACUGGUACCAUGCGAUCCAGUUGCAGCAGUGGCAACACAGUUGUCAAACUGAUUGCUCCUCCUCAGGGGCGGACUGACCAUUUGGAAACUUGGGCGCUGCCCGAGGGCCCGGGGUCAGUAGGGGGCCCCAUGAGAUGCCCCUGGUACCUUUUUCAUAGGCUUUUUUGAGUUUGGGCAAGGACACAGGGGCCCCAUGAUCCCCUAUUGCCUGGGGGCCCCAU